AUGCGUGAAGCGUUGCCCGCUCGAACUUCGUUUUCUUAUGCUAUUUUGCGCUCCAUUGAAAGUGGUUUGGCAUCGUUUAACACCGCAGAGCUGCUGUUUGUCAACACAGACAUAUGGCGGCCUUGGGAUCACUGUGGAGCACAGAUCCCAAUGCGGAUUUUCAAGGGAAACUAUCCAACCAUCCUACCUCUCCAGAUCGCCUUUGUCUCGGACUUCAAGACGUGUUCAUUGCCCUUUUCCUGGUAA